AUGUCAUUGUGUAGCAAGAAAUGGAUUCAACUAAAGACAAAGGCUGCUGUGACUCGUGAGGGUAUGGAUGCUCUUCUAGAGUUUGAAACGCGUCUCAAUGUGGUAGCGUUGAGUGAUAGGGUUGCUGUGACACCAAAAAUUCNNAGCUACCGCAGGCUUGUUGUCUCCAUUGCCACAAGUUAUCAAGACAAAGGAUUGAGCCUACAAGACCUUAUUCAGGAAGGGAGCAUUGGCCUUCUUCGAGGGGCAGAGAGAUUUGAUCCACAGAGAGGAUAUAAGCUAUCAACAUAUGUCUACUGGUGGAUUAAAGAAGCCAUCCUUACAGCGAUAUCAAACAACACUAGAAUGGUUAGAUUACCGAGAAGAUGGUGGAUGCUGGUGGCAAAAAUUGCAGGAGCUAACAAUGAUUUGAGAAACAAAUUAAGGCGGUCACCAUCCUAUGAUGAGAUUGCCGAAGUGCUCAACAUGAAAGUUUCCACGGUGAGGCUUGGUUUUGAGAGGGGUAGAUCCCCAAUUUCAUUGGAUCAAGCAGUAUUGGGUCAAAAUAGCUUGACACUCCAGGAGAUCAUACCAGGGCCGGAUGAAACAAUACCAGAAAACAUGGUUAAAAGAGAGUUGUUGAAGCAAGAGCUGGAGAAACUAUUCCAGACAGUACUUACAGAAAGAGAAGCACAUAUAUUGAGAUUACACUUCGGGCUAAAUGGACAGACGCCGCAGUCCUGUGAGGAAAUAGGAAGACUAGUGAAGCUGUCAAGGGAGAGGGUUCGACAGAUUAUUUGCACUGCACUAUCAAAAUUAAGACAUAAAGAAAUAGUGGAACCUUUGAAGGCAUACGCUGUAUAGAAGACUCCAUUUUUCAAAAGUACAACCUGUGAAGAUAAAUUUGAAACAGCAAAGGCAGAAAUAUUUGUGCAUUUUUUUUCCAUGUAAUAAAUAUUUAAGCAAAUAUCUGCUAGGAACGAGACAUAUGACUGUUCAUAUUCUUUCAAUGAUAUGAUCAUUUACCAUUAGAGAUGAAA